AUGGAGACCCGUCAGCAUUCCUAUCAUGUCAAAGUCCUGGAAAAGGAUCAAUGGGCUAUUGGGAACGUAAGGUCUGCCCUGGUGCAAUGGUCUUCGACUUUAUCAAUCAACAAUGCCGAGAAAGAAAGUAUCGUAAGCAGCCGAUACUUAAUAUUGCAAUCCUUAAUAAUAGCUGCGCCCAUGGUGAGACCUGCAUCGGAGGUACCGUAUGCGAUCAGGAACGCCUUCGAUGCCUCUGCCCCUAUGGGACCAUCCCACAGCUGGAGACCUUAUCAUGUACAAAACCACAGUCCGCCUACUACCAAGGGACACCCCUUCCACACCAAGUGCCUUUAUGCCAAACCCAUCACAAUCGAAUUCGAUGCCGAACUUUUUCGGAUCAAACUCGUUCAAUUUCGGUCCACACUUCGGAAAAGAGAAUCUAGGCGG